UUGUGAAUAGUUCAGUAUGCCGAGGGCUGCAAGGAGAAAUGCGACAAGGCAAAGGCCUGUUCAGGUGGUUUCAACUUCUGCCGUAGAAAGCAGUGCUACACUUCUUGACAUGGACAAUCCCUUGAAUUGGACUGUUGCCCAAUUAAGGGAAAGACUGACACAAUUAGGAAUUCAAGUUCCGAAAGGAUUUAAUGCCUCAACUUUGCGACAGCUUUACAAUGAAAACAUAAACAAAGGUGAUGUAACAGAACGGCGCGAAAACUCGCAUGAAGGAUCAUUGGGCGGAAGUGACGCAACAAACAAUGGCGUCCCCCUACAAACAUUGGGCGAAAGUACAGUUACGAAUACAAAUAACGAUGGUGUUCUACUACAGACUUUGCAAAGUAUGGCUCAAUCAUGCGCAGCUUUGCAACAGACGGUUAAUACGUUAUUAGCGAAAGAGAACAAGAAAGACGCAGAGAAGGAGGACGAUAACCCUCUUAAGAAAUAUGCUGCUCAAGUUCACACGGAUUCAGCUUCAGCUGGAGAAGUUCAGGCAGGCGGCUCCUCAAGCAGAGAAGAAUCCGAUGGUCUGCCCACAGGUAUCAGAAGUAAUUUGGAACUCGGACAAGUGGUUCAAAAACUGAUGAACAAUUCCGUGACAGAAAGAACAAGAUUAACUUACAAACAAGGUUUUGAGACAUAUAAACAUUUUCUUACAAUACAUGGUGUUUUUUAUGAUGUUAAAUGUCCACCUAUAUCUGAAGAUAUACUUGUACAUUUUGUUGCAUAUUGCCAACAUAACUUGUUGCUUAAAUUUUCUACAAUAAGAUUAUAUUUGUGUGGAAUCAGAUACAUGUUUUUAGAAAUGGGAAUUCCAAACCCUUUUCAGUCUAAAUGUCACUCAAUGGAACGAUUGAAGUUAAUUUUAAAUGCAAUUGGAAAAGUGCAAAGCAAGAUGCCCUCAGCCUGCAGGAUUCAGAGUAAACAACUACAGUUAUGUAACUGGUACCUGGUUCUAAUGCUGGGAGAUUGA